GCUAGUGUGGCUCGGAUUUUAAUGCUACCAAAAGAAGGUGUAUUCAUAUCUUUGCAAACACACUUACUCAACUGAUGAAUGAUUUCGGCGGAGCUAACUAAAACUAUGAGAACGAUUUCAAUGAAGUUGGCGUUCCGAGCGAAAGGCAUUAUACAAUACUGUUUUAGCCUUUACAUUUCUUAAUUGAGCCUAUUGGAUACCUGUAUUUCUCCGUGUCCUCGCUCAGCAAACAAAGUAUUUAUUGUGAGCGCGAUUCUGAUGAUGUCAGGAGGAUGUGAACAUGUGAUCAGCUGACCUUCUCAGUUAAGCACUGGAUGAUUCAGCAGCAGCUGCACCGAGAGAAGUGACCUCACCAUGGAGCGUAAACUAGAUUUGUCUCGCUUGACCGACGAAGAAGCGAAACACGUCUGGGAAGUGAUUCAGCGUGACUUCAACCUGCGGAAAAACGAGGAAGACCGACUAGGCAAACUGAAGGACUCCAUCCAGAAGGAGGACACCAAACGUGAGCUGCUCGGCGCGCAGAACAAUUUGGCCGAGUCGUUGUGUAUCCGCUGCCUGCAACCCUUUAAGUUCCUGGUGAACAGCAAGCGCCAGUGCCUGGAUUGCCUCAUGUUCACCUGCAAGUCAUGCAGCCGCUAUAACAAGAAGGAGCACGGUUGGGUUUGCGACAACUGUCGCAUGACCAGGGUUCUUAAGAUCGGCACCGUGGGGUGGUACCAUGACAACAUCCGGAACCGUUUCAAGCGAUUCGGCAGUGCCAAGGUGAUGAGGUCACUGUACAAGAGACUGAAUGGAGACGGUGGACGGGAUGACGACACUCAGAGCAUGCCGGAUGUCCGCAGCAACCACUACAACCCAAAUGACGAUGAUCAAGGGGAAAUUGAGGCGCAACGAUACAAAUCGAUGCGUAAAAAUAAACGCCUGUUGUCAGUUCAUCCAUUCGACUUUGACUCGGAGGACUAUUUCCCCCAUUCACGCCGCUCAUCCGUGCAGCAAAUUCAGGAGGAUCGAGCCUACAGGAAUGACGUGGAAUUCGACAUGAACCAACAGCGAAUGAAUCGCCGAAGAAGUUUGGAUCGUUUUGCAAUGAGAAACGACGAUUACGGCGAGAAUCGGAUGGUUCGGACUCGAUCUUUGUCCAAGAUCAGCUCCAUGGCUCGUCAGCAGUAUAUCGACACGUCUGAUGAGGAGGAGUGUCAGCGUUUUCCACCCAUGUACCAGCCACCCCACCACCGCCGCCGCAACAGCCGGGCCUCAUCUCAGGAGAACCUUGGCCAAAACCCUCCAAUUAACGAGUUGAACAAACGCAUGUCUGCCAUCGAGGAUCUGCUGAAUCGUCUGGAGGAAAAGAUGUCGCCUGCAGACAAGGCAUCCGGGUCACCAGGACUGAACGAGGAAGAGAAGCUGAUGAAGAAGCUGAGCGAGUUGGCCGGGAACCUCGGCAACAAGCGCAUGUCCUCGGACGACGAGGCGGACAAGAAGGCCUCUUUGGGAGGAAAAAGCAUCGGUGGUGGCAGGGCGGCGGCGGCCACUCUGGAGUCGAUGAAGGACCUGAGCUCAUCCAGCGACGACAUGCCAAGUGAAGCACAGAAGAGAUCGACCGCCGCCGCCCUCUGUGACCUCACCACUGAGGCCCUGAGAACCAUUAAUGCCACAGAAAACGCGAUGGUUGAGUUCGGCCUGUCAGAGCCGGUGGACAGAAGCCACAUGUUAGGGACUGAUGCUAAACAAGCCGAUGAGGCGUUCAGGCAACUUGAGGAAAAUGUGUACAUCGCCGCCGGGCAGUCGCACGAACUGGAAACGAAGCUGCGGCGGCUGGAACAAAGUGCCAAAAAUCGCUUCGGCGGCGCAACAGAUUCGGAACUUUCCGAGCUGGAGGACGUGGUGGCGCUGACGGCCGCCAGGGUGCAGAGUGCCGAAAGCGAGGUAUCCGAUAUCGAAAGUAAGCUGGCAGCCCUGAGAGCCGCGCGAUCGAAGAAGAAGGUUUCCGGAUCACAGAGGAAGAAGUCUAAUCAAGAGCACCUCGCCAAACCCGAGAGAAAUGGCGCUGCUUUCAAAUCCAACAUCUCUUGAACCAGCAAGUUUCUUCUACUCGGUUAGGUCUUAAAGGUUUUAAAUCUUAUUUUUCUGCUAAUUCUAGUCUUUUCGAGGAAAUAAUUGAAGUGAUGAAAAAUGUAAUCCUUCGCUUAAACAGUAUUUGCAAAAUUUAGAAUCUUUUGGGGUGAUCAAAUUUUAAAAUAUUUUCCAUAAUCAAGGAUCAUUUGAAAACGUCAGCACUCGCAAUUAUUUAUUGAAAUGCGGAUGCACGCAGACUUGCAGUUUGACACCCACGGCUUUACAAAUUUGCUGACCUUUUUUUUUCUGUAAUCUUUUUACGGGAAAAUACCUCGGGUUUUUUUCCCCCCCAUGCCAUUAUCACGGCCAUCCGAUUGUUCUCUCGUCCAUCCCAAAGUCUCUCAACUCCGCUUUCCUGUUUUCUCUCGAAUCGACUCACUCUGACCCGCUAUCUGUUUCUAAAAUUCAAUUUUGGGGGACAACCCCAAACAUUGGUGAGUCUGUGUGCGUGUUAUUAAUAUGAUAUAUUUUUGUGUUAGAGCACACUGCACCCUUUGCAUCCUAUUGGUCUCACUUUCACAAAAAAUGAAACGGAAUAAAAUAAAAAAAGCAUGUCACCUUUAACCUACGGCGGCGCGUGACCCGGAUCAGCGGAAGUUGUUAGCGGUCAGCCGUCUGCCGAUGCAGCAAGCGAUCAAAGCCGUUGCGCUAUAUCUUUAAUUGUAAUUUCUCAUUCAGAGUUUGUUUCAUGUACAAUUCACCAAGGUCACGGGCAAAGAAUGGGAAUCUGGAGUGCUGCGAGAAGCAUUUUAAAACGGUACGCGUGAGCCAGGAUCGUUAACUCAUGUGUCGACUUUAUUUUUCUGUUUCGUUCAUCUUAAGGGCCGUUAUGGCUCUUGCUCAUCAGGGCAUGCGUGUGUUAGCGCCUGCGUAUGCGCGUGUGUGGUAACAAACGGGUCGAUCGCGGGAGGUUGGUUGAUCGAAAAGUAGAUCUUUGGUCAAACAAGGUUGGUCACCCCUGAUGUACAAGGUGUGUGGUUCUUGAUGUGCUCAAUGUGUCAACUGCCUGCAGAUAACUUCAGUUGUAAAUUGGGGCUAUUAAAAUAAAGUUGACUGAAAGUGUUGCAUAUUGA